UGUUGUGAAAUUCAUUGUGAACGAGCGCUACAAGAAAAUUGGAUGUUUCCGCGGAUUUUUAACUUGUUUUCGCAGCUGAAUUUGACUCAUUUCAACUAUUACAAUUAAAAAAGAACAUGUGCGCUGCUAAACUAAUGGAAGCAUUAAACGACUGCGUAAUUAAUUUUGAUAGUCGUGUAUUAUUAACUGACUUAAUAAAUGAAUAUCAUUUGCCACUUGAAGAAGUGAGUCGUACACUUGAGGAAUAUUUGAAGCAGCAGGAGAAGGAUGGCGUCAAAUAUGAGAAGCGUUUUGUUAUACAUGGUACGGAAGCGGAUGAUUCAAGCAAAGAAGUGUUUAAAAUUGUGAAGGGGGAAGUUAAUUUGGAGCAGUGGCUAAAUAAGUUGAAAGGCGCCGAGUCUGCACUGUAUUCGGUUGAGGUUGAAGGUGGCGCAAAGGCACCAGCGGAGGAUCUAAAACCUGUAACAUGGUUCGCUGUUAAAUUAGAGGACUUACAACCUCGUAAGAAAGAAAAUAAGCAACACAAUGGCACAUUAGAAAAGUCGAAUGAUACUAAUGCUGCAGUAAAAGUAGAAAUUAAACCGGAGAUAAAGCCAGCUAAAGGCCUUACAGGCGUUUUUACCAAAACCAAGAGCAACGAUAAUUCUGAUGGCACCAGUGCUAAAGUAAAAAAGGAAGCUGGUUCCGGUAACUCAAAGGCUGCGGCAAUAGACAAGAAGGUCUCAACACAAAGUACCAAAACCAAAACUACAACUGAAGAAGAUGCUGCUAAGAAAACGCCACAAAAAUCCGCCGACCAGAAAAAGGUGUAUCCUAAAGACAAAAAAGCGGCUGCAGCAGCUGCCAAUGGCCAAAAAGGAAUUGGAAACUUCUUCGCGCCAAAGAGUAAAGACGCAGCUGACACUUCUAAUAAUCCCGCGUCUGAUGCCAGCCGCCAAAAAUCUCCAAAGAAAGUGAAUGACUUCUUCAAAAAGCAAGUCGAGAAGCCUGCUGGUACUAAAGAGAAGUUGAAGCAAAAAGAGAAAAAAGCCAAUAGUUCCAUGCAACUAUUCUCAGAAGACGAGGAGGAAAAAGAGAAAAUCGAGGAAAAAUUGGGAAAUAAAAAGAAGGUAGUUGAAGUGCAAGUUGAAUCUUCUGACGAGGAAGAAGAACUGAAUAAGCUGAGGCGCAAAGUAGAAGAUGCCGACAAGAAAGAAGCUGCGACUAGCAGCCGCAAACGUCUGCGCAUCGAGGACUCGGAUGAUGAGGAGGAAGAUGAAGAAGAGGAAGAGCCAAAGCAAAAGCAAGGAAAACUUGAGGAAUCCGCUGUAGCUGAGAUAGGAGACUCGCCUCCAAAAUCGGAAACAUAUUUGGAUGAAGACGGCUUUGUUAUAACUGUUAAGUCGAAGAAAUCGCACUCGAAAUCGAACGGACCAGCAACUACACUACAGAAAACGCCAACAAAAGCGGAUCCCAAAGGGAGUAAACCAAAGCAAACUCCUACGGCGGCUGCUAAGACGAAGCAGGGAAAUAUAAUGAAUUUCUUCAAGAAAAAGUAGUUUAAAAAAGUUUGAAUUAAAAUUGUUACCACAUAUGUAUGUAUUUUAAGAAUAUACAUUUAUAUAAACAUUUUAUACAUUUUAAUAAACGAUCGCUUAAACUCAUGAUACAAAUAUUAUUUCCUAUGCCGUUGAUUAGCUGAGUGUUUAUGUGGAAAUUGCGGGAAACGCCCAAAACAGAAUUGGUAUUU